AAGCCUUUAAAUACCUAGCUGCCCACCCUCCAACCAGCCAGCUACAUCGAUAACCACAAGCCGCUUCAAGUACUCACCUCCUCCUCGCGAGAGUUUUUCCAACUCCACAAGCGCAGCAACGACAAGAGAAAGAGAGAAGCGAGAGCAAAUGGCGGGGAAGCAGCAACAGCAGCAGGGCGUGGUGGUCGCGGAGCCAAGCGUGGCGCGGCGGCUGUGGCGCGUGGUGCGCGCCGUGCUCUACAUGCUGCGCCGGGGCCUGCCGUCCGGGCGCAAGCUCACCAUGGACCUCCACCUCCUCCUCCACCGAGGCAAGAUGGCCGGCAAGGUCCUCAGAGACCUCCUCGCUUUCCACCACAGCCAUCAUCGCGCCGCCUUCUCCUCCUCCUCUGCCAACGCGGGGGGCGGGUCGUGCCGCACUCUGGACCCAAGCCUCGCGGUCCACGAGCCCUCGCGCGGCCGCCGCGAGGUUGAGUUCAGCUGCAGCACCACCCCCUUGGCCACCGGCGGCUCCGGACUCCACCUCCUCGGCGCCGGCAAAAGCCGCCGCCGCAACCACCACCACCGCGACGAUGCCUCGGCCGCCGCCGGCACCGGGUACCUGCACUACUACAACUACGACGCAGCCGACGUUGCCAGGGUGUUCGAGAUGCUCAACGACACCGACCACCUCUUCACCGACGAUGAGCCCCCGAUGAUGCCGGCCUCCUCCGCGACGCCGUCCCCCGCGCAGCUGCUGUGGGCGUCGUUCGGGCGCAGCCCCGCCGCGGCGACAGCGACGAGCAGGAAGCUGCGCAUCACCAACUCGCCGUUCCAGACCGCGGCCAGCAGGGGCGUCGACGACGCACAGGUGGACCGGCGGGCCGACGAGUUCAUCAGGCGCUUCUACGAGCAGCUCCGCGCGCAGAAGAGCGCUGCCUCCACGCCGAACUACUACGGCUACGCCCCCAGCCCGUACGCCAGCGGGCGCACGCCGCGGUCCCUCGCCGCUGGCAUCGCUUAACUGCUAGAACUCGAAUCAACCAGUGCAUGCUCACCGCGCGCGGCCGCCGUCUGGCCGGCCGAUGAGCAAAAGUCCUUUCUUUAGCCAUGCUGCAUGAGCCUCGUGUUCCCCCUACCCCUGCUUGUACACCACUGCAUGUUCUCUUCACGUGUUGCACGUAAUUAGCUUGCUCUUCUUUCCAUGUUGACA